AUGCACCUCACCGAGGCGCUUUCAUCCGAUGCCCUCGUCGUUCUCCUGGCAACACUGCUGGCAUCUAUCUUGGUACUGAAAGUACUUUACGACGGCAACAUCUCGUUUCGCUACCCUGUCUCAGCGUUCACAGAUCCAUUUGCGCCAGAGACAGCUUUCCGAUCAUAUAACUCGUAUGCGUCGCUCGCCAACGCAGACAUCAGCAGGAUAAGAGCUUCCUAUUCUAAGCUCGGGUUGAGCGACAAGCGUAUUGGCUAUACAAUCGGGUAUCCCCGUAAGAUUGACCGGUUGUGCCUCGCAACGACUACGAAUGCACGAAUUGCACGAAGCAUCGCUUCCACGGCGGCAGACGCAUAUCCUGAUAUUACCUACCGCAGUUCUUGUGCUACAGGACGCGAAGAUAUCGGAAAAGUACGCGAAGUAUUCAAACACUUCGUUCGUGAUUGGAGCGAAGAUGGCGCACCUGAAAGAGGCGUGAUAUUCCAGCCUAUACUGGAUGCUCUCAAGGCAGUAGACGUGGAACGGCGAGUUGAAAUGCAUGUCCUCGUGCCCGGUUCAGGACUCGGCCGGCUCGCAUGGGAGAUAUCUCAGCUAGGCUUCCGAACAACGGCAAACGAAUUGUCGCCAUACAUGACCAUGGCCGCUCGGUUUCUGCAUUCUCCGGCCACAACACAGUCCAUAGGCCAGCACACUGUCCAUCCAUAUGCCCAUUGGUGGUCCCACCAGCGGAAUCGUGACGCCGUGUUUCGCGGGAUCGCAUUCCCCGACGUAGUUCCUCGUCUGACAGAACUCCUCACACUGAAGGAGGGCGACUUCCUGAGACUGGACGUCCCCGAGAGCCGCGGCGGAGAGUGCGGCUACGACUAUAUUGUAACCCUAUUCUUCAUUGACACUAGCUUGAACGCUAUUGCGACGAUCCGUCAGAUAUACUCUUUGCUCAAACCUGGAGGUACUUGGAUCAAUUUAGGGCCUUUGCUUUGGACGGGUGGCGCACAGGCGUCAGUCGAACUUUCUUUGGAAGAAGUCUACGAUGUUGCAAAGGAAAUGGGGUUCGUUAUAACAGGACUCGAUUCGAACUACUGUGGCUUCUCUGGUGCCGAAUCAUCAAUCAACGAUCAUCACGGACCAUCUAUGGACAUUUUGCGUCCCCGCACAAUCGACUGUGAAUAUACUGCGGAUUCGCGUGCUAUGAUGCGUUGGAUAUACAAAGCGGAGUUUUGGGUAGCGACGAAAUCGGUGAUUUCUCAUGCAGCUCCAUCCACGCAACCUGUCUGA